UCAGCUUGUUCAACUGCGCUACUAGGACUAGUCGGACUUCUGUUUUAGUUAGGUAGCUAGAAAACUGUGGAUUUAGAUAGGAUUCCAGAAAGUUUAGGGUUUGUGUGGCGUGGAUUUUAUCACCUGUACCAUGGAGUUGUUCGGUGGGAUAGGUGUACAACAGCUGCGGCGCGUGCUGGGGGUUCUCGGCCUUGUCUUCUGCAUGACUACGGCUGUCACGGGUGUAGUAGACGUCACCAUCGUCAGUAAGUACCAGUUCUUUGACGAGUCAGCGGACACCUGGCUGUACUGUUACUACACGGGUAGUCUUUUGAAACAGAGCAAUUACCAGUUCGGUGUAGAGGUCGACACUGGCGAAGGAACAGGGUUUUCCUCAAGGAGAUCCACCGGCUGGCCAACAGGGCGCUGGAAUGUGAGAAUCUGGGCUGACUCUGGUGACUUCCGGGUCGGGGCAUUCUUCUGUCGAGUAAGGACCCCUGACAAUAGUCAAACCGAAAAGGCCAUCACCUUCAAAAUGAAGUCACAGGCCGAUGUCUGGCCCGUGACCUUCACAGUGACCGCCAACACAGGUGACCCCGUGACCCUACAGAUGGUGCAGAAGUCCGGUAGAAACGGUACCCUGGUGUGGAGGAAAGGCGGGGUCGGGGGGACUGUCCUGACUGGACAGAACGGGCUCAACCUCACCAUAGCCAGUGUCCAGUCUUCAGAUGAGGGGAUCUAUGAGUGCUAUUAUCAGGGCGAUACUGAUAGAAAACAGGGCAUCAUGAGGCUCAUCGUCAGAGACUGUGCUGAGAACAAGUGGGGCCCGCCCUCCUGUACCGAUGACUGUCCUGUGUGCUACAACGGCGGUGUGUGUGACGACAACACGGGGAAAUGUGUCUGUCCUCCGGGCUUCCAUGGACAAAACUGUGAAAGUGCCUGUGAGAACAACCAGAUCGGUACCAGCUGCACGAGAGAGUGUGACGGUGGAGACUGUACAGGCCAGCUGCUGUGUGUGAUGGACCCGUACGGCUGCUCCUGUGCUCCUGGACUCAUGGGGAUAGAGUGUAACACAGGUUGUCCAGACGGCAUGUACGGAGCUGGCUGCACCCAAACCUGUCACUGUGCGGACGGAGGUUCCGUGUGUGACGUCAUGACAGGAGUCUGCUCUAGUGGAGGGUGUGAGGCUGGGUGGAAGGGAAGCAACUGUCAGACAGUGUGCACGUCUGGUGAGUUCGGACCCGACUGUGCUUUCACCUGUCACUGUGCUGACGGAGAUUCUGUAUGUGACGUCAUGACUGGAGUCUGCUCAAGUGGAGGGUGUGAGGCUGGAUGGGAGGGGAGCAACUGUCAGACAGAAUGCACUGCCGGUGAAUUCGGGCCCGAUUGCUCUCGCACCUGUCACUGUGCGGACGGAGGUUCCGUGUGUGACGUCAUGACUGGAGUCUGUUCUAGUGGAGGGUGUGAGGCUGGGUGGAAGGGGAACAACUGUCAGACAGUCUGUACGCCUGGAGAGUUCGGACCCGGCUGUACCGACACCUGUCACUGUGCGAGUGGAGGUUCCGUGUGUGACGUCAUGACUGGAGUCUGCUCAAGUGGAGGGUGUGAGGCUGGGUGGAAGGGGAGCAACUGUCAGACAGCCUGUACAUCCGGUGAGUUCGGACCCGGCUGUACCGGGACCUGUCACUGCGCGGACGGAGAUUCCGUGUGUGACAUCCGGACUGGAGUUUGCUCUAGUGGAGGGUGUGAGGCUGGGUGGAAGGGGAACAACUGUCAGACAGAAUGUGACGACGGUUUCUACGGUAACGACUGCCUGGAAACCUGUGGAAAUUGCACGGCAGGCACGGUCUGUGAGAAAACCAACGGCAGUUGUCCCGGAUUACCUGCAACAGUAUCAGAUGAUCCAGAAAGCGUAACUCUAGUUGUCGAGAAUGAAGCAACGUUCAACUGCACCGGUCGCGGUGUUCCCCGCCCUACCGUCGUCUGGCACCACGGUAACAACGUCAUCACAAGCCGAGACCAGAUCAGGAUAGACGUUACAGAUGGAGGUCUGGUGGGAGAACAACACGUGAUCCACAGCACCUUAACCAUUACGUCAGCACGUCGACAAGAUAACGGACAGUACGUCUGUAUCUCGUCUAACGCGGCGGGGAACGACACGUCACAAGAAGCUACACUUGUGGUGCAAGAACGCCCCGAUGACGUGACAGUGAACGUCACCGCCGUGAACUCUACAUCCCUGCACGUCACGUGGACAGUAGGAGUAACCGGUAACCUCGACAUCAUCGACUCCCAGGUACGCCACAAACGGAGAGACACGGAGGACUGGGGAGACUGGGAGUCUACUGGAGUGUCCGAUGAGAACGGCGAUGUCUACAUCCAUAACUUACGACCGGCUUUUGAGUACGAUUUCCAAGUACGGGUGAACAACUCACUAGGAUGGAGCGAUGGUGACGGUGGGAUGGGAGCUACAGACGAAGCGCCUCCGGGUCCUCCUCGCGAUUUGCAAGCCACACCAAGCUCCCACAGCUCUGUCCACCUGACCUGGGAACCUCCGGUAGAACCUAACGGGGAAAUCAUCAACUACACUGUCCAGUAUGGACCGUCAGAUUCGUGCAAUGAAACUGAGUUUCUUCAUCAAGUUACCACAUCGAACGACAGCACCACUACCGUUAUUGGAGACCUGGUCCCGUACACAAACUACACAUUCCGGGUACGCGGGGCAACAAGCGCAGGAGGAGGAGACUUCAGCCACUGUAACAUCACAAGGACACUGGAGUACUACCCAGCAGCCCCAGUUAUCCAGACGUUUACAGAUCAGCACGACUGUAACUGUCAGUCCCCGAACAUCGCCCGGCCGGUCCAGCUGCAUGUAGCCUGGCGGCGCCCUGACCACAUCCACGGCCAGCUGCAGGCGUACCGAGUCAGCCUGUACAACAGGACCGGUGGGGAACCGUUCUACCAGGAGAACGUGACGUCAGGACUGCAGCAGGAGAACCUGACAGCUGCGGUGACGUCAUCACACCUGCAGCCCGCAAACAACUACUCUGUCACGAUAUCAGCCAUUAACACCUUCUACCAUGGGGACGAGAGCCAUCCAUAUGAGGUCCGCACGAGUGACGGAUGCCCAGAUGCUCCGACGGUGACAUGGAUGGCAGACAGCGAGUGUGGAGUAAAGUGGACAGGUCCUACAGAAACCCGAGGGAGGCUGACAGGGUACAAUGUUACAUAUACAGACACACCACUUCAUGAUCCAGACGUGUCUGAACCGCGCGUCAGCUUUGACACGACGGGUUUGAAUCAACACCAGUGGUCCAAGUCACUGGAUGACCUCCCGGCCAACUCACGGGUCCGAGUCACAGUCCGUGCGGUAACCUGUGCCGCAGGAGACAAGGGAGAAGAGUUCACCUGUAACGUGACAAGAUUUGAAAAACCCCCACCUAUAGUGCUCCCUACCGGUCCAACCCCGAACGCUACGGUGACAUCUUUCCCCAUGGUCCUUCCGAUGGUGAGCGAGAGGAACGGUCCCGUACGCUGUUGCCAGAUCAUCGUCAUCACAAUGAAAGAAGACGAAAGCCUUGCUGACCUGGAAACAAGAGUUGGAGAACCUGACGUCAUGCUUACCGAGGACGCUCCUGCGGACGGGAAAACUCAACCUUAUGUGGCGUUAUCGCUUUCAAAAGAGCAGUACAAAAGCACUAAAGAAGUACAGAUUGGAGAGGGCGGACCCUGUGGGCACGAGUGGUGCUGUGAGCGGAGUGAACUUGACGAUCCCAGCCUAGCAAAGAAUCCUGGAAAUGUAAAGCUCCGAUCAGGGGUGACGUACACAGCAGCAGUAAGAUGUUACAUGGACUCUGGUUCCAGGAGACGCAAGCGGAACACAGAAGGGUCAUUCACCACAAGCGGAUACAUAAAGCCCGUGCGCACCGAACAACGGGUCCCUGUGGAGCAGGCCAUCAUGCCCAUGGUUCUUGGAGCUAUUGCCGGUGUCUGUGUGGUCGGUCUGGUCGCCGUGGCCAUCUUCUUUUACAGGAGGCGCGCUGCUAGUAAGAAGGAUGCUCCAGACAUCGGUCUGUCAGACUUGGCUCGUAUCCGUAAUAAGAGAGAAGACGAAAAUGAGGAGGAACUGCAGGGUGCGGUCGGUCCCGCUGCAGGUCACGUGGAGGAGGUCAUUGUCAAACCGCAGAAACGUAGAUCCGGCAAGAAGCCAAAGUCGCCAAACUUCCGAGAGCCGAUCCCCCUCCCUGACCUGGAGGCUGAGUUUGACAGGAGAACCGCCAAUGAUAACCAGAUAUUCGCGGAGGAGUACUCGGCUCUUCCCGGUACACUGGGGAAGGAACAGGCAGAAGCGUACCACAGUGACUUCAACACAACCAAGAAUAGGUUCAAGAACAUCAUCACUUAUGACAGCGGCCGUGUGAAGCUUACUCCCAUCCCUGGUGUGGCUGGGUCAGACUACAUCAGCGCAUCAUACAUGGAUGGUUACAAUGCACCACGGAAGUACAUCGCGGCGCAAGGUCCCUUACCGAACACGGUGGACGACUUCUGGCGGAUGAUCUGGGACACCAAGGCCAAGAAUAUCGUCAUGGUUACCAACCUGAAGGAGAACAACAAGCAAAAGUGCACACAGUACUGGCCGGACAGCGGAAAGAAGAUUUAUGGGGACAUUGACGUCACCUUAGUUGACGCCAUCCCCAUGGUUGAUCACGUGACACGGAUCUUCAUGGUUGGAAAGGAAGGUGCUCCCGCGAAGCGUGAGGUUACUCAGUUCCACUUCCUCGGCUGGCCGGACUUCGGGCUGCCGCGGAGCCCCAUGGGAUUGCUGAAGUUCCGCAGGGCAGUGGUCACCAAAGUGGCACCUAAGGACAUACCUAUCGUCGUGCACUGCAGUGCCGGUGUUGGCCGCACGGGCACCUUCAUCACUGUGGACGCCAUGUUGGAGAUGAUGCAGGCUGAAGAGAAAGUAGACGUAUUCGGGUUCGUCUCCAGGAUGCGGGAGAAUAGAAGCACCAUGGUUCAGACAAAGGCCCAGUACGUGUUCAUCUACCGCGCCCUGCUGGAGCAGCACCUGUACGGAGACACGGAGGUGGAAGUGGCCAACAUCCAGCACUACAUGCACAAACUCAGGACCGAGAAGCCGGGUGCUGACAAGACUGGAUUCGAGAUAGAGUUCGGGAACCUUACCCGUCUUCCCGUGGACCGUGCGAACAUGCGCGCUGGUAACCUGCCCGAGAACAUCUCCAAGAACAGAGUCCUGAUGAUUCUACCAUACGAUACCAGCCGGGUGUUCCUGCAGCACAAAGCAGGCGUGAAGGGUUCGGACUACAUCAACGCGUCUUUCAUUGACGGCUACCGUGAGAAAGACGUGUACAUCGCCACGCAGGGCCCGCUGGACCGGACUGUGGAGGACUUCUGGAGGAUGGUGUGGGAGUGGAACUCCUGCUCUAUCGUCAUGCUCACCGAGCUCAAGGAGAAAGCACGAAACAAAUGCACCCUCUACUGGCCGGAGACAGGGCAGAAGACGUUCGGUGAAGUGGUGGUUUCAGCACAGGGCGUAGAUUCGUUCGGUGACUACGAUCUACGGACAUUUACUAUAACACAUGCAAAGGAAGGCAAAUCCCGCACAGUGCAGCAGUUCCACUUCCACGGCUGGCCGGAAGUCGGUAUCCCUGACAACGCCGCCGGGAUGAUCGAUCUGAUUGGUCAGGUCCAGAAGCAGCAGCAGCAGUCUGGGAACGGGCCAAUCACCGUGCACUGCAGCUCGGGUUCUGGCCGCACGGGGACGUUCUGCGCCAUCAGCACGGUGCUGGAGCGGGUGAAAGCAGAAGGAAUCUGUGACGUGUUCCAAGUCGUCAAGGCGCUCCGGCAGCAGCGACCUCACAUGGUGCAGACGCUGGACCAGUACCAGUUCUGUUACCAGGCUGUUGUGGAGUAUCUGGACAGCUUUGACCAUUACGCCAACUUCCGCUAGAUGGCGUCCAAGCGUUUACAAAGUUUGCUAUUCUACAUAUUACGUUCGAACCUUUUUGUUCACGUGGUUUGACGAAGUUACUUUUACUUAUUGUUUCGAAGGAUGUUGCAAUUAUAAUAUUCUCUAAAUGAAUUCGAAUCUUGAGACUUUAGGUCAAAUUCUCUAGCUGACUUGUUGGUAAGUUUUUGAAGUGCCUAACUGGAAAUGUUACAUAAUAGACAAUGGCGUAUUAUAGUGAAUAGAUGGAAUGUUUUAUCUCUGAAUUUCAUAUACUUUGGAAAGUAAUCACGUAAGGUUGUAUUAAGCUGUAUCAAGGUUUUAAUACAAUCAAGCACCUAGAUUUUCUCAAGUUUGUAUAUGCCAGAAUAUUUGAAUGUCGCAUAUCUUACUCCUUGUGCAAUAUAGUCAAGAGAUGAAACAUGAUAUCUGUCAUUAUGCAGAAUUUCGGUUAAAGUGGACCCUCUUAAUUUCGCCGAUGUAAGUAAUUAACAUAACAAUGCAUCAUAAAUGAUAAUGACAAUCAAUAAUGAUAUUUGGGACUAUUGCUAUAUUUUUCCAACUGGUAGAUGAUACUUCUCUUUUGGUCGCGGAUGGUCGUAAUAGCACGUAAAACCAUAGUUUGAUAACUCCUAUCUUCAGAUUUAUUUUACGCUGUAUCUAGGAUUUUAUUCUAAGCACCAAAAUGUAUCUGGAUUAUUCUCUCA